AUGGGAAAAAAAGAGGUGCCCCUGGGGGUUCCCUGGGGGGCUGCCCAGGAAGCCGCCCAGGAGAAGCUUUUCAUUCGCCUCCUUUCCCACUUCCUGCCUGUUAUGAAUUAUUACAUAACUCUGCUAUCUAACAGAUCAAUGCGUAAACUUAGUAGCUCGGGUGUACACAUGAAUGGGUUUGGUCUCCCUGCGGCUCUCAGAGCUUAUCUCAUUUUUAUCCGCCCCAUUCUCGAGUACGGCUUACCCAUUGUUCCCACUAGCCGGAGUGACAUUCGUAUCUUGAAGAAGGCUCAGAAUAUGUGUCUCCGGACAUGUAUUCGACGGCCCAAUGCAAUGAUGGGAGCUGUUCAUAUCGCUGCAUUAGCUGCUCUACCCAACCUAUUCACCUGUUCCCGUGCUCUUCAAGCCAAAUUUCUUCGUCGUGCUGAAACACUACCCUCAGACUCCUGUACUCUGGAAAAGGCCCAAUUGCUGAAAGAACAUCAACCUCGGUUGAAGGACCCAUUAAAAGAAGCUUAUGUUCUACUGUGCCAAAAAGAAAUCGACAUGCAACUUGCGAGCGUUAACCAUCCGGUAACCAUUGCUAGAGGCUUAUGCAAACCUGUCUGGGAUCUGGUCUUACUACUGCCCUGCACUCGUUCAGAACGGCGCCUUGAGUGCCAAUGUGGUGCUAUCAAGGAUAACCGAAAUCAUAUGCUCAUAUGCUCUGCCAUAAUCGCUCUUGUUCAAAAACUCUGGGCUUUGCUGGAUCCUGCUCCUCCUCCAGAGGUUCAUCCCAUCGACUAUGUUCUCAACUGUCUCCCCAGAUCUUUCAAAUCGCCUGGUACGUGGUGCGAUUUGUGGCCGUGCUUGCUUGCCUUGCUACGUGGUGUUGAUCAAACCACCUCAUCCUAUAAACUGCCAGAAGAAAAAGCUCAUGAUCAAAUCCUUAUCGACCUUGCAGCAAAAUUCCGUGCCACAAAACCAACCCAUCCCCACCGCAUCCCGCCGCCCACCCAAGAACCUGUCCCUGGUGAUCCGUUUCCUUAUUUGCGAUCCGAAAUUUCCACCAUUCCUCGUCAACCACCUCCAUUUGUGCCCGCCCGAAAUUAUGCCUAG